AUGUUCAGAACUGUACCUACGAAACAAGUAAACCGUUUGGCAAAAUAUCAAAACAUAACCACCAAGAAGAACCCACAAUCCUAUAAGGUUCUUCCGACUGGCGUUUUUGAUGCCAAAGUUUCUUCCUUCGUGAAUCAAACCACCACAUCAGCCGAAUUGAAAUGUUACUUUUCUACAUCUACCUCUCAACAAUAUGAACCAGAGAGUGGAAGUAGUACUACUUCAUCGGGACCACAAAUUACCUAUGUCAAUUCAUCAACAAAAGCUCCGAAAGCCAUUGGACCCUAUUCUCAAGGAGUAAAAGCUAAUGGUAAUUUCUACGUGAGUGGAUGUUUAGGAAUUGUAGCAGAGAGCGGAGAGUUGGCAGCCGAAGACACAGUGACUCAAGCAAGACAAGCUCUCGCCAAUUUAAAGUAUAUUUUGGAAGAGGGAGGAUGUAGUUUGAAGGACGUUGUGAAAACAACUGUAUAUUUGUUGGAUAUUAAUGACUUUCAAGCUGUGAAUGAGGUGUACAGCGAAUAUUUUUCUGGCGAUAACAAACCUGCGAGAGUUUGUUAUGCUGUUGCAGCACUUCCAAAGAAAGCAAAAGUAGAAAUUGAGGCGAUUGCAAUUUACAAAGAAUAA